UCCUCCCUGCAGACACGCCCCGUAGGAGAACCAGGAGAACGUCUGGCAUGUACGACUCGGACAGAGCGUCCAACGAGGAUUCUGGGAACUCGUCUGAGGACAGCGACUCAGGAGACACGCAUGAGAAGAAGCCGUUGCCAUGGCAAGGGAGGAGUGAAGCCCCGCCCUGCCAGGAGGGGGGGGAGGGGGAGGGGGGGGAGGUGAAGGAGGAGGAGCCGGAGCCGAGUGAGGUCACCGAUGUCCCAACAGUUGCUAAUGACGACGCUAACAACGGUGACACCGUUGCUACGUCGCUUGUUUUCAUGACACCACCUGUCAAAUCUAUGAUCCAAUCAGAGGAGGUGGAGGCGGAGCAGGGGGCGGGGCCUGUGUUGGACCCCGCCCCCUUGCUCGUCCACCUGGACAAAGAGACAAAAACUUCUCCGGAGAGAGUCGCGAAGACGCUUCCUGUCCUCGAGGCGUCUCCGGGACAAGAAGUGUCCCCCUGCCGGACACCGCCGCCCCCCAAGAAGACGUCCCCUGAGAAGCCGCUCUGUCCUCGCCGCCGCGCCCUGUCGCAGAGGACGAGGACAGCCAGUCCACACCGCUGUCCUCCCCCAGGGUUAAGGGUCGCAGGCCCAUCCUGCGGGACACAGGCUCCGAGACUCCUCCCAGAAUCCCCCUCUGCAGCCCCGCCCCCUCCAGCCCCGCCCCCGCCGGCAUGGCGUCUCCGCCGCGCAGCGUCCUGAAGAGACAGGACGAACCCAUGGUCGUCCUCCACUGCCUCCCAACGCAGCGCCUCCCCCCCUCCCCCCCGGCCCCCCCCGCCGGCUCAGACACAGACUCCGCCUCCGAGGAGGAGGAGGAGGCGGAGCCUGAGCUGAGGAGCGCCGCCGCGUUGAAACGUAAAGCGGCGGAGCAGCGGACGCCGGAGAAGAGGCUCCGCACGGACACCAAGACUCUGAGGGGGGGCGAGGGGGGGGCCGAGGCUGAGGACACGCCGAGGACAGCCGGGGACGAGCGGCUGACGUGCCACGCCACCACGGAGACAGAGAUGCAUGCUGGGUGUGAUGCUGGGACGCCCCCCCCUGCCCUAGAGGACCGCGUGUCGGUCCCGGCGGGGGUCCUGGCCGAGCCCCCCUCGACGGCAGCGCCCCCCCAGGGCCCCUUCCCCGCCGAGGACCUGGAGCCCCAGCUGGGCCCCGAGGCCCUGGUCUGCCACGAGGUGGACCUGGACGAGCCGGACGAGAAGGACAAGUCGUGCACGGCGCCGGAGCAGCUGCUGCUGAUGAUGAGGGAGUCUCAGCCAGCCCCGCCCCCCCUGCUGCCCCCCCUCCUCAACGUCUCCCCCCUCCCCCCCCAGACGCA